CUACUGCUGUCAUGUGGCUCCAUCUACUGGCGGUGUUGGGUCUGAUCCUUCUGUACAGAUGGUAUAGGCAGAAUCAGAUACUGGAGAAUCUCUUAGACAAAUAUGUCUUUAUUACCGGAUGUGACACUGGAUUUGGUAACCUGUUGGCAAAACAGCUGGACAGCCAUGGGAUAAAUGUUCUGGCUGCUUGUUUGACAGAGAAGGGGGCACAGAUUCUGCAAAAAGAGGCAUCCAGUAGACUUCAAACAGUAAUACUGGACGUAACUGACAGUCAAAGUGUCAGUUCUGCUGCCAAGUGGGCUUCCACUCUUGUUAAAGAAAAAGGUCUCUGGGGCCUAGUGAACAAUGCGGGCAUUGGUAUUCCCGGAGGCACCAACGAAUGGCUUACCAAAGAUGAUUUUAUGAAGGUUAUAAAUGUAAAUUUACUGGGUACCGUGGAUGUUAUACUUCAUUUCUUGCCCUUGAUCCGAAAAGCAAGAGGGCGAAUCGUCAAUGUAAGCAGUGUGGCUGGUAGAAUAAAUAUCACUGGUGGAGGAUAUUGCAUAUCCAAAUAUGGAAUAGAAUCAUUUUCAGACAGUCUUCGGAGAGAAAUGUAUCGGUUUGGAGUGAAAGUGUGCAUUAUCGAACCCGGAUUUUUCAGUACACAAAUAACCAGUACAGAUUUACAUAAAGAAAAUAUAAAAAGAUGUUGGGAGAAGUCCUCUGAGGAAAUCCGAGAAGCCUAUGGAGAAGAGUAUUUUAGAAAAAUUUGCAGCUCUUCUGAUAACGUUGGAGCACUCUGCACCACAAAGCUAUCUCAUGUUACAAAUUGCAUCGAGCACGCACUGAUUGCAGUGCACCCAUGGGCACGUUACUCUGCAGGCUGGGGUGCCAAAUUCAUACUAGUGCCUCUCUCUUACCUUCCCACAGCAGUUUUGGAUUUUCUACUUAUCAUGGGGCAGCCUAAACCUGCCCAGGGAAUCUGA